CCAACGCCUGCGGCCAACUUCAGUGCGUAGCGUACUUCGCUUUUUUUUAUGUGAUCGGUGGGUGAGCAAGGUGGUGGCGAGAUUGAAAGAAGGCGAGACUGCGAGGGACGGCGUGGCGCGCCUUUAUCGAAAAUAUUUAAUAAUAACGUAUGAUGGGAAGAUUACAGAGGAAUGGUGCGGUACUAGUGAUAAUAUCUCUCCUAAUCGAGACAAAUGGCUUCUAUGUACCUGGAGUUGCUCCCGUCGAGUUUAAGAAGGGUCAAAAGAUCGACGUUAAAGCUGUCAAAAUGACCAGCACUCACACGCAGUUGCCAUAUGAAUAUUACUCUCUUCCAUUUUGCUUACCUAAGAAUGGAACCUUUAUUUAUAAGUCUGAAAAUCUUGGGGAGGUGCUGCGUGGAGAUAGAAUAGUGAAUACUCCAUAUGAGGUCGUAAUGGGAGAGGAUGUUAGCUGCAGGCUACUGUGUCACGAACCGUUGAAACUGAUGACUUGGAACGAGGAAAGCUCCCAACGCGUUAUUGAGAGGAUCCAGCACGAGUACUCCGUGCAUCUAUUAAUAGACAAUUUGCCGGCAGCUACUAAAAAGAAACACAAAGACACGAACAAUGUGGUUGUUUAUCAAGGAUACCGCCUGGGUGGAAUAAUGAAUGAUCAAGUGUACAUUAAUAAUUAUUUGAAGCUGAAAUUAAGCUUCCACAAACAUGGCGAGAAUGAAUUUAGAGUGGUUGGUUUUGAAGUGGAGGCUCGAUCAAUUGACACGUCUCAAUUGAAGUUCGACGGGAAUACCUGCAUUCUACCGAAUGAAGCGAGCCCGCAAUUCGUCAAUCCAAAAGGCACGAGUCUGCUCUUCCUGUAUUCGGUGGAGUGGAAGCGAUCAGACGUAAGCUGGGCCAGCAGGUGGGACGUAUAUUUGGGCAUGAGCGACGUCGAGAUUCAUUGGUUCUCGAUUAUCAAUUCUCUCAUCGUUGUCUUCUUCUUAUCUGGAAUCCUGACGAUGAUCAUGGUGAGGACACUUAGAAGGGACAUAGCUCGUUACAACGCAGGCGAGAGCGAUAGCUUGGCGGGCCUGGAGGAGACCAUCGAGGAAACUGGCUGGAAACUGGUUCACGGCGAUGUAUUUCGACCGCCGAGCAACUCGCGUCUAUUUGCCGCCGUGAUUGGUAGCGGCAUUCAGAUCUUCUUCAUGGCUUUGAUCACGAUAUUCUUCGCGAUGCUGGGAAUGCUGUCGCCAGCGAGUCGAGGAGCCUUGGGCACCUGUGCGAUAUUUUUGUACGUGUUCGCCGGUUUAAUCGCCGGAUAUUUCUCGGCGCGUCUGUACAAGACGAUGCGAGGUCGAGAGUGGAGAAGAGCCGCUUUACUGACCGCGACGUUCUAUCCUGGCAUCGUCUUCACGACGUGUUUCUUUCUAAAUUUCUUCAUAUGGGGAAAGCACAGCUCCGGUGCGGUUCCCUUUACCACCAUGGUGGCCCUGCUGUGCCUCUGGUUUGGCAUCUCGUUGCCGCUCGUGUAUCUCGGUUACUUCUUCGGUUAUCGCAAGCAACCCUUCACGCAUCCAGUGAGAACGAAUCAAAUCCCGAGACAAGUUCCUGAUCAGCUGUGGUACAUGAAUCCCGUGUUAUGCACGUUGAUGGCUGGAAUCUUGCCGUUCGGCGCGGUAUUCAUAGAGCUCUUCUUUAUCCUGACCGCACUUUGGGAAAACCAGUUCUACUAUCUCUUUGGAUUCCUAUUUCUCGUGUUUUGCAUACUCGUAAUCUCGUGCUCGCAGAUAUCUAUAGUCAUGGUCUAUUUCCAGUUGUGCGGCGAGGACUACAGGUGGUGGUGGCGCAGUUUUAUCGUGAGCGGCGGCUCGGCGAUUUACGUACUGGCGUACUCGGUCUUCUACUUCGUCACAAAACUCGAAAUCACCGAGCUGGUGCCGACCCUCAUGUACUUCAGCUAUACCGCACUGAUGGUCCUCACAUUCUGGUUACUAACCGGUACGAUUGGUUUCUUCGCCGCGUACGCCUUCAUCAGAAAGAUCUACGCAGCUGUCAAAAUAGACUAGUCGAAAUUAUCAUUAAUAUUAUUAAGUAAUGCGCGUAAAUUUAGAUUUUUAAUUUAAUAGAAAGAAAGGGAGAGAGAGAGAGAGAGAGCGAGCGAAUGAAAGAGAGAGAAAGGAGGAAAGAGGUUUGAGUUUUCAUACCAUGUAGAAACUAUAAACGAAAUAAGUGCAUCUCCAUCUUCCAUGGAAGUUUAAAGCUGCGACCGUUUUCCACGGGAUUUUGUAAUUGAUGAAUAUUCGAUUUGCCGACGCAAGGUUUCUACAUGCUUAUCGUUGCGUCCGAUCAUAUCCGAUCAUAUUACGAGCACAGUGGAAGCUCGUGAGAUGAUGCUUUACACUUUACAAGGUUAUUGCGAUGGAAAUCGAAUAGCAAUGAAAGAGACACAUAUGAGAAAUUUGAUCUUGAAGCAUUUUAAAGAAGACCAAUUUUCUUACUUCCUAUGUGACUUUUAUCAUUUAUUUUACUUGAAAAUAAAUGAUCAUCAGUAGCGCUAUUUCGAGUAAGGGCAGAACUUGUAUCUUUAUAUAUUUCUUCAAUCGUUACGUAAACAUUUGAAGUUUAUUUGCGUAAAUAAAAACGAUGGUCACGAGAUGAGAAAUGCGCGAACGUGUGUAGCUCCUGUACGAUAGACUUAUUUUAUUUAACUCUUAAUCGCGCGCGCGAGUUUCCUUCAUAAGUACUUAUGAUACACGCAUGCACACAAGAGACAGGAAGAAAAUAAUCAGAGGCAAUUUAUGGACAGGACAUGGAUUAUAUCAAUAUUUCUUGUCAUCGAAGCGGGACAAGAAACUGUAAAAAUAUUCGAGUGAUGUGAUAUUAGUAAACAGUCAAUGUGCGAAAGUAUUAUGAUGAGCCAGUCUAAAGUGUUAUCGUUUGUUUCAUUUAUUGUAAGAACAGGACAAUUUUGCAAUCGUCUCAGACAAUUGUUACAAUAAUAAUAAGCGCAGUGUAUAAUGUAAAAAUGAUAUGCAAAAUUUAUGUGUAUUUACCUUUGCGUUACGAGAUCGAUUCUCGCUCCUUAAUUUUUAGACGCUCACCGGAAAACCUCUCCGAGCGUCUGAUCGCGUUCAUUUAUAUAUAUCGCGAAAUGUCGAUCUUUGUCAGAAACAUUUAUUAUGUUGAUACUUAUAUGUAUAUUAUAUAUGUAUAAAAUUUUUUUUUUUGGUAAA